AUGGGCAGCACUGCUCACCAGCUGAAAAGUAUCUGAAAACACCAGUAUCGGUGACUCGCCGCGCGUAUCUUAUAAAUGUAUCUUUUGUUGGACUGCGCGGAUGUCUGUGCUGCGCGUUUCGUUAAUUCAAAAACCAAAAUGUAGUAAAAAGCAAUAAAAUAACAAAACAAAAAUAUUAAAGAAUGUUCGUUGAGUGUCGGUUGCGAUCGGGGUGAAAUCCGGGUUAAAAAUAGUGAAGAAAAAGGCGUUCCCACGCCAAACCAAAGGGAAAAAUAUCCUGGCUGACGCAGGAUGGCCGUGUAAAACAAACACGAGGAUAAGUCGUCAGCGACUGAGAAGGAUACGAGCUAGAAGAAGAAGAGGAACAGGCGGAGCCGCAUCUGCCGCCGUCAAAACAGAAAGCGAAUAGGACGAGAUAAAGUGCACAUCCGACGUUGAAAUACAAACGCGAUUGCAGCUCCACUGGUCCCCCAAACAUUCGGAUUAGUAACUUCAUGUUUUGCUUAGGCGAUCCAUGAGAUUUAAAAUAAAAGUGCAUUGUUCUAACGUGUAAUUUGGGGGGGAAAUUUAUUUCUUUAUCGCAUAAAUUCGACUGCCAAUGUUGCAACGCAAGGAAAACGCAAAGUAAAAGCAAAGCCAGAACAAACAAAAUACACAGCCCAACAGAGAGUGAGAGAAAGAAAGAGAGUGCCCUGCGCGCAUAUUGGUGUAUCUGUGUGAAAGGUUGUGUCCGUGUUAGUGCGUGUGUGUUGCUGCUCACAACAAAUUAUCGUUUAAUUUAUAUUUUUGUGUUUGCGAAACGCAGCAACGAGUGACUUUUGCGCCCAAGGGGAUGUCUUCUCAAUCGCUAGGAAAAUCUGCCGAAGCUGGAAAAACAUCCACCACCACCCCCGGGACACCAGUUAUUAGAAUUUAAAGCUGAUAACUAAGGUCGCACCGCGAUGCACCACUGAGUGCACUCUCAAGGAGACAACUGAGCGGCUUAAGUGAAAGGCUGACACGGCGAAAGCCAUCGAACAAGCCUCUGGGAGCAGACAGACAGCAAACGGAUUACCCACAUCCUGCAACAUCAGCAGAAGCAUCAGCAGCAGCAGGUUCAUCAGCGACAUCAACAUGUCUAAGCACACGGAUAACGAUAAUCUGCGCAAUGACAUCUACGAGAACCUGCCCUGCCAGGCCAUGUACAACGAGUCCGUGCGCAAAAUGCAGCAACAGAAAUCAUCAACGCCGGCGAUGAACAGCAACAAUCCCAAUGCAAACUCCAUCGGCAACUGCCACUCCAACCCGGCGAUUACCAAGCACCACCCAGCACAGCCCGCCAACAACAUGCCCAAGGAGAUGCUCUAUGCCACGCCCCUCCGUAAAUCGGAUCGCUAUAAAAGCGGCGAGCGGAGUCGUCAGGCAAAUCCGGAGGCCAAGCUCUCCAACUAUCGGGAUUCAAAUCGCUUGGCAUGUGCCCGAAAUGGAAAUCCCGUACAAAUCACGGAUCUUGAUGCUGAAGAGGACAAUGGUGGAGGCGAGGUUGUAGACGGCUGUGCCUCGACCAGCGCUUUGGUCGGUGGCUCAAAAUAUGGCAACCAGUCAGCGGGCGGUACUCCCAACCAACAGCUUGAGGAUCGGCGAAUCCUUAACUUUCUUAAGGACACCACACAGUUGCAGAAGAAGUUGGAGAUCACAGGGCGGGACUGUCCCAACGCCAGCUUCUCGAAUCUGGCGCGGGAGGAACAUUUUGCCAAUCUGGUGCAGCAGAAUUUCCCAUUGGACAUACCUCCACAUUCGAAUGGGGAGACGAACGGAGGCGGAUCGGCGCCGGAGGAAGACGGCCAAGAGGCGGCUGGCGGAUCGAAGCCACCAACUGCUGAAGAUACAGAAGGCAACCUGGAGGCUCUAAUGCAGCGAAAGAUCUCCCCUGACAAGGAGGUCAACGGCCUGGUUAGCAGUGGUCUCGAGCCAAAUAAUCGCAUCGUCAGCACGGUGUACAUCCAUCGCGAAUGGGUGCUGAAGAAGAUUGCACUUUGCCUGGAACAGCGCACGGCUGGGAAGAAGCCAGUUCCCGCAGCCUUAGGAGCAGCCUCCUCCAGUUAUGUAUCCGCCCGUGCUAAGGCGGCGGCUAUAUCCAGUUCCAGCUAUAAUGGAUGCUUGGUCCUUGGGUCUAAUGGAUCCGGCAAGACGUCUAUCUGCCAGGCCAUCAUGAAAGGGAACUCCGGCACCAAGGGAAUCCUUAACAGGAAGCUGCUGGCCUGCUAUCUGAUCGAGUCGCAGAAUCCCGAGUGCCACAGUCUGUCAUUGUUUAUGCGGAAGAUUGUCCUGCAGCUUCUUAGCCACGCCUCCCUGAUCAGUAAGGACGAUAGCCAGAGGAUUAUCGACGAAGGGUUCUCCUUCCUGCGUGACGAGGCCCAACAGCAGGAGUUCAAGCUGGACGAGGCGAUGAAUAACAUCAGCCUGAGUGAGAACGCCGAGGAGCUGCUGAUCGAAGAGCUGAAACGAGGUGCCAGCGAGUGUGACACCAAGGAACUGGACAACUUCCAGUCCCAACGCACCUCCACGAUCAACAACAAAACAUCCAAGUCGAGCCUCACGCGGCAACAAUCAGAGCCAGCGCCUUUGCAAGUCGCCGAUACACCUGAUCUGGAUGAGAAGGGCGGCGGGAACUUCGGUACGCAUCCACCCAAAAGGGCCUCCAGGGAGCGAGAACGUGAGCGGGACCCGGAGCAGGACAAGGAUGUGGGCAAUGAAAAGGAGCAGAAGCUAAAGGAGCCGGCCAAAUCAAGCCCCGGAAAAACCAAGUCAAAGAUUCCUGUUAAGCGGGGACGUUCCGGCAGCGGAGUGCUCUCGCCCUCGAAACUGGCCACUAUCAGUAAUGGCGGGGGCCAGGCUAUUCAACAGGGAGGCGGUGAGGACAUAGCCGAUCUGAAUAACGACCAAGAAAAGCACGAGAUUGAAGCGGCUAUCAAAGAUGACAAAGAAGAGGAACGCAAGGAAAACAACGAAGAUAAACAGGAAGAUCCAGUCGAAGCAAACAAAGAGUUGGAUGAAAAUCCAAAGGACGAGUUGAAAACGCCACUACAAGAAGAACCGAAAGCGGAACCCAAAUGCGAAGCCAAUAGCAGCUCUGAACCUCUUAUAAAUUUCAACGAAAGCAAGGAGGAGAACGGUAAACAGGAGAAGGAGCUCCAAGCAGCUCCGCCGGUACCAGGGGAUAAGCCCAAGAUGAGCACCAACACUCUGCCCCCGCCCUUGCCCAAGACCAAGAGCUGUCGCACCAUCGUGGCUGAUGGAUACUACGAGUUACUGCUCACAAAUCCGGAGAUCCUUGAGUGCCUCAGUGUGGACAACAUUGAAAAGAAUCCGGAUGAAUGCUUCAAAAAGGCCUUUCUCUUCCCGCUUCUGGAACUCACGCCUCCGAAAACAGCACUACUCCUGCUCAUCGACUCCAUCGAUGAAAAUUACAUCAACGAGGGGAACUUAAUUUCGACUUUGAAGGGAGGCAGAGGCACGGUUACCAACCACAAAAGCCGCAAUGUGGCGGAGCUGCUCUCAAAUCAUAUCCAUCUGUUCCCCAAAUGGCUGUUCCUGGUGUGCACCACCAAAAAGCAAACCAAGCAAAUCACCAAAAUGUUUACCGGCUUCAAGAAGAUCACGCUGGACGACCUGCGGAAGUCACAUGUGGUUAAGGACGUCCAGGAGUACAUCAUAAACCGGUUGAACUCGGAUUUCAAGGACAGCAUCAUGCUCACCAAAGAGAUCAUCGAAUCACUGCACCAGCUGUACAUCAAGUCCAACGGGUGCAUCCUUUAUUUGGAGAAGGUCCUACACGGCAUCAAGGAUAACUUUUUCAGUUUCCGGGAGAUCAAGCUAAUACCCUGCACUCUAAAUGGACUUUACCUUUACAUCUGUCAGAAGUCCUUCAAUAAGAAGCAGUACAUGAAGAUCAGGCCUCUCCUUAAUGUCCUUCUGGCCUCGUCCGGCUACGUGGACAAGCUCUUCCUGUUCAACUGCCUGCGUACCCACAACUACACAAUCGACUGCCAGGAGUUCGAGAAACGGCUUCAGCUGAUGAGGAACAUCCUGGCCUAUGAUGCCAACGCACAACGCCUCAAGAUCUUCCACAACUCCUUCGCCGACUGGCUGGUGGAUGUGAAGUUCGCCACCAAAAAGUUCAUCUGCGACGUGAACGAGGGUCACGUAAUGAUCUCGAUGUAUUACCUGCUCGUGGCAGAUACACUCUGUGCGAACACGGUACGAAAGUUUGCCUACCAUUUAAUCCGAUCUGGCGAGUAUCUGACCAGCCGGCACGUGGACCUGGAUCUCAUCCUCAUGCUAUUGGAGUCGCGCCUGAAUCUCAGCGACUGCUUCUACACAAACCAGAUGAACUGCUGCGCCCAGUGUGAGCACGACUUCAAGUACGAUGCCAACUUUCUGCCCAAGACGCGCAUGAUGCUGGAGCGCUUCCUGGCCAGCGAGCUGAAUGAGCCGUUCGCCCAAUUCCUGUGCGACUUCUUUAAGCCCAGUCUACCCACUGACGCCAAGAUGCUGAAGCUGCUCAUCGAGACCGGAAUCAACAAUGCAGAGUCCCAGAACUCAUGCGAGUCGUCGCUAAUGUCGCCAGAGCUGUCGGAGAAGUCACAGAACAUUGACUUUGAGUUGGCUGAUCUUCUGCUUUCCAGCGAGAAAAGCUGCCUCAUGGAAACCCAACGGGCGGGAAGUCCAUCGGAGCACAGUGAACCACCGCCCGAAAGCCAGGACGAGAAUGCCUCGAGCACUUUGCACCAGCUCUCCGACUCGCAUCACAUCGAACUACACAAGGGCAAGGCCCUCAUCCACAUCCUGUCCAAUGAUGGCAAUCACCAGCUGCUGGAACGGGCCCUCAAUGCCUGCAAGAGUCCCAUCGACCUGGAGAUUGAAGAUUACAAUGGCCAAACGGCCUUGAAUAUUGCGGCUAGAAAUGGUCACCUGGAGGUGGUGAAGCUGCUUCUGAGUUUCUCGCAACCCUGCAACGAUGGCACUGGACGGAUGAAGCGGGUAGACGUCAACCAUGCCGAUCGCGAUGGCUGGACUCCAUUGAGAUCGGCCUCCUGGGGUGGUCACAGCGAGGUAGUGCGACUCCUGAUAUCUCAGCCCGCCUGCAAGAUCGAUCUCGCUGACAAAGAAGGACGCACUGCUCUGAGGGCAGCCGCCUGGAGCGGGCAUGAGGACAUUUUAAAGUUGCUUAUAGACUCGGGUGCCGAUGUAAACUCAGUGGAUCGCCAGGGUCGCACUUCCCUGAUUGCCGCCUCCUACAUGGGCCACUACGACAUUGUGGAGAUUCUGCUCGAAAAUGGAGCGAAUGUGAAUCAUCUGGACCUGGACGGACGCAGUGCGCUGUGCGUUGCCGCCUUGUGUGGUUCUUCGGGCUAUAGUAAGGUGAUAUCAACGUUGUUAGAUCACGGUGCCAACACCGAUCAACUGGACAACGACGGGAUGUCGCCGCUGCUGGUCAGCUCGUUCGAGGGCAAUGCUGAAGUAUGUGAGCUGCUUCUGGAGAACGCCGCCGAUCCGGAUCUUGCAGACUUCAUGGGACGCACUCCUCUGUGGGCUGCCUGUACAGCUGGCCACGCCACCGUAGUGAAGCUACUACUUUUCUGGGGAUGCGGCAUCGACUGCAUGGAUUCCGAGGGACGCACUGUUCUCAGUAUUGGCGCCGCCCAGGGGAAUGUGGAGACGGUAAGACAGCUCCUCGAUCGUGGCCUGGACGAGACGCACCGGGAUAAUGCCGGAUGGACACCACUACACUAUGCAGCCUUCGAGGGAUUCCACGAGGUGUGCCUCCAACUGCUGGAGUCGGGCGCCAAGAUCGAUGAAUGCGACAACGAGGGAAAGACUGCCCUGCACUUGGCCGCCCAAGAGGGCCGGCUCAAUUGUGUGCAGGCCCUGCUGGAUAUCCACUCCAGCUUCGUGGAUCAGAAGGCGCACGAUGGCAAGACUGCGUUCAGGCUAGCAUGCCUGGAGGGCCACAUGGACACCGUGGAAUACCUUCUGAAGUUCUGUUGCGAUGUUAACUCCAAGGACGCCGACUCCCGUACAACUCUAUAUAUUCUUGCCCUGGAGAAUAAGCUGGAGAUUGUCAAGUACCUGCUGGACAUGACCAACGUCGACGUCAACAUUCCGGACAGUGAGGGGCGCACAGCCCUUCAUGUGGCCGCCUGGCAGGGUCACGCCGAUAUGGUCAAGACUCUGAUCGAAGCCGGGGCGGAUGUAAACUCGAUGGACUUGGAGGCUCGAACACCUCUGCACUCUUGCGCCUGGCAGGGUAAUCACGACGUAAUGAAUAUCCUUCUCUAUUACGGAGCUCUGGCGGACCACGCGUGCAAGCAGGGGGCUACUGCUCUAGGAAUAUCUGCCCAGGAGGGGCACGAAAAGUGCGUCAUCGCCCUGCUGCAGUUCGGAGCCAAUCCGUACAAAUCGGACCACUGCGGACGAACGCCCAUCAAGCUGGCGGCCAAGUCGAGUCGCACCAGCAUUCUGAAGAUAUUCGAAAGCUACACGAAAAAUGAAGCUAGCAAUCCCAACGAACCCAAGUUCCAUGCGCAUGCCAGCAUGCUGAGAUCUCCGGAUCAGCCGCCAGCGCUGCCUCUGCACCAAAACUUGGCUCCGUAUCCGGCGCACGCAUCCGCCUCCUCGGUCUGUUCAGCGGCCACCACGGCCACAGUGCACAAUGGCAGCAACCUGCACGCCCUCAACGCCUCCAGUUCUACGCACAGCUCCAACAACUUCUACCAAAACACGAUGCAGUCGGACACGAGCAGUUUGCACAAGCGCAAGAGCGUCAUCUCUAGUCAGUCCACGGGUAGCAGCAAUGAUCAAGCCCCUCUCACCUUCACCCAGCAACUGCAGCGACAAAGCAAACUGAGCUCCCGGAACAAUCUGAUGGUGAACUCCAAGCACGCCUCUGGAUCAGCGGCUGGAGGACACAAGUCCAACGGCGGGGGAGCUCAGCGUCACUCCCAGGUUCUACCCGAUCUCAGCGAGCAUCAGCUUGCAUCCAACAUGACCAACGAGGCGGACAUGUACGACAUGGAGUGCAUGUCACCUCUAUACGCUACGCCUCCGCAUUCGCCCAGCAGCGAGUUGAGCUCACCAGGGCAGUUGCCUGGCCUGAAUGCCUUUGUGGAUGAUGACAGAGCCGGACCUAGUGGCGGAAGUGCCAAGCCCCCGCUGCCGGAUAAUCAUUUCGCGCGGGACACGCACAUGCGCAUCAUAUUGGGCAACCUUAAGGAAAACCAGCCCAGUUCUUCGGGCAAAAGCAAGCGAAGCGGUGUUUCCAGUAAUCCGGCAAUGCGGCUUAUUCGCAGCCGAUUCGAUGCUGCCUCCCAACUGAUCCGGCGCACCAACAACAUACUCUCCUCCAGCAGCAAUCAGGGCUCCUCCAGCAUUGGCGUCAAGUCUGGCACCUUCCAGUGGCGCAAGGAGAGCCAAAUGUAAGCCCAGUUAAGAGUUUAACUGGACUGCAUAUUGAAGUAUUCGCAAAAACUCACUCAACUUGCAUACUCAAAAUCCUUAAAACACAAUUUAUUUAAGUUAUACACCUUUGUACUUUUGAGAAAGUAUUUGUUUUUUUGUGAUAGUUUCAAUUUUAGUAAACUUUUAAUAUUAUUCUGAUUUAACUAAAUACACUUAGGCAUA